AAGCUUAAGAAGAGAAAAAAGACAAAGAAAAACAUGAAAAUAGAAUAUGUCACAGACGGAAAGAGGUGUGCAACUUCGCCAAUGGAAUAAAACUUUUCACAGACAAUUGUUGGUUUGAUGGGUAGUUAGAAGAGUAUGGCAUCUUCACAGUCAGUGGAACAUGAGUUACUUAGCCAGAGGCUGCAGGAGAAGGAUGGUACAGCACUAAGUCAGAGGCUGCAGGAGGAGGAUGGUACAGCACUAAGUCAGAGAGAUAUAGAUUUGUCCCAGAGAUCUGAUAGUGUUAUAUUGUUUGAGGAGGGGAUAAUUAAAAAGGAACUUGACACUGAAGAUUUGACUACAGAUUGUACUUUGUUAACUGAGAGAUUACCAGAUGUUAUAAGCCAACAACAGAUGAAUCAUGUUGAUUGUUUAAGGAUGAGAAAUAGCUUAACAGAAAUUCUUGAAGAAGUCAAACUCAGAAGGGUUGGUAUUUCAUUUAUUGCAGAGAAACUUCAUGGUUUGGUAUCGGAAGAGACUAUAUUAGUGUCAAAACUGUAUUAA